AUGUCUUUGCUGCACAGUAAACAAAGACUCAGCCCAACCAUCUAUACCACAUCGUCCAUGUCUGCUCCGACACAGGAGCAACACAGACCUACAUCACCAGAGAUUCACCCCAAGACAGCAUGUGUAGACCAGAGCAAAGAACGUCAAUCAGUCACUAUAGAAGAUUCAAACAAACCAGUUGAGGAGAAGAAGAUGACAGAGGAAACACAGUUGGCUCAAAUACGAUCCAAUGAGGAGUACAGAUCUGCGGAGUGUCCAGUCAGCCAUAAGGAGUCCAGUGUGCGGACCGGGAGCACCCAAGGCUCUGCGCAGGCCACAUCACACAACACUCACUCCAGUGCAGCUGUCAAAUCAGAAGCUCCAGACCCCCAUCCAAAACCUCUCCAUCAAAUCACAAGCUCCCAGUGCGACAACGCAGACAAAUCCACGCAACUGGAAACUCCCAUCGCCAAGGACCGCGACACCAGGUGUGACGAAGCGAAGGGACCCUCCAACAGCCCCCACAGGACCCCAGCCAGCGCCAGGAGGGCCCUGUUCGCCCGCAGACGCUUACAGCCCAGUGCUCCGUGUACGUCCCCCGCGGGCUCCCCUCUGCGCGGCGCGGAAAAAGAAGCUUCGCCGAGCUCCCCCCGUGGCUCCGAGCCCGCUUUGGCCUGCUCCUCACCGGGUUGUCAUGUCAGCAGCUCCUCGGAGUCCCACAGGUGCCUUCUCACAAGAAUAGCUCAGUCCUCUGCAGACGGGAAGGGCUCUGUGGGGCCUCAUCGCUCCCAGGCCAACACCCCCCCAGACCGCACGCAAUCAACGCCUCCACGCGAGCAUGACGCUGGCCCCCAUCCCAGCCGUGGCCGCCCCAGCCCUAACUUCCUGAGCCACCUGCCCCUCCACUCCCAGAGCUCCGGCCGGCCCCCCAGCCUGCUCAUCCCCAUCGGAGGCAUCCACAUGAUCCAGGCCCGGCCCCAGAGUUUCAGACCCCCCAGCGGGACCUUCUGCAGCCUGCCCUCCCCUCCGGCCAGCCCCCCUCCGCCCCACGUGCCCCUGACCACCACCACCACGGCCCCCAGAGCAGAACUGUCUGUGAGCGCGGAGGUGACAAACAAACAUACGCUGGAUUAA